GAUUUGCUCUGUUAAUUGCUUUAUUCUUGACUUUAUUACUAAAAUUAUGUGGCGGUCGUGAACGAUAGGAGAAAUUUGUUACCUGGGUGCUAUGCCAUUGAAACAAAUCUAAUCCAUUUAUUAUAUUUAGUUUCUAUAUUUGCGCAACAACUACAAGAUGGGAAACGCGGCCUGUAUGUCUGUAUUGUGUGGAGAAAACGACACAGCCACCAAAAAAAGCGGACGACUACUGAACACCGGCAAUCAGAAAGUAAACGACUCGUCGAACGUGCACACAGUGAAAAUGUCGACGUACGAAAGAGAUCGACUGGGCCAACGAGGAGCCGGAGACAAUGCUGCUACAAGUUCAACGAGUGGUCUCGAUCGACUAAAGAAUGCCAGCUUAAAUAAGGGAAUGGCUUUUACUUUGGAGGAACGACAAAUUUUGGGCAUCCACGGUUUUCUCCCUCCACGAGUAAAAACACAAGAAGAACAAGUAGAACAUUGUCGUAUGUGUCUGGAGCGUCUUGAUAAUAGUCUCAACAAAUACCUUUACCUAAUGAAUCUCCUUGAUCGCAACGAGAAAUUGUUUUAUCGUCUCGUUGGAGAAAAUGUCCAAGAUAUAAUGCCUCUGAUCUACACUCCUACUGUAGGUGAAGCAUGCCAAAAAUUCGGUUUGGUUUAUCGGCGACCUAGAGGCUUGUUCAUAACCAUUCACGAUAAAGGACAUGUUUAUGAUAUUUUGAAGAACUGGCCCGAAUCCGACAUCAGGGUAAUCGUCGUAACAGACGGCGAACGCAUCCUGGGUCUGGGUGACUUGGGUGCCUGUGGUAUGGGCAUACCCAUCGGCAAACUCUCCCUCUACACGGCUUUAGCCGGAAUUAAACCGCACCAAUGUCUGCCAAUAACUCUAGAUGUUGGAACAAACACCGAAAAAAUGCUCAACGAUCCACUUUACAUCGGCCUAAAACAAAACCGUGUCAGAGGCCAACAAUACGACGAUUUCAUCGAAGAAUUCAUGCAAUCAGUUGUAAGACGUUGGGGCCAAAACACUCUCAUUCAAUUUGAAGAUUUUGGAAACGCAAAUGCGUUCCGUCUUUUAGGCAAAUACAGGGAUAGUUAUUGCACCUUCAAUGAUGAUAUUCAAGGCACUGCAAGUGUUGCAGUUGCCGGAAUUUUGGCAUCACUUCGUGCCACGAAAACUCGAUUGUCUGACAAUACUUUGGUGUUUCAAGGAGCUGGUGAAGCUUCGCUUGGAAUUGCUGCACUUUGUGUGAUGGCAAUGAAAGCCGAAGGAACACCGGAACAUGAAGCACGGAAACGAAUCUGGAUGGUUGAUUCCAAAGGUUUGAUUGUUAAAAAUCGACCAGACGGGGGAAUCACCGAACAUAAAGAACCCUUCGCUCAGGAUCAUGCACCAAUUAAAACACUUGCCGAAGUUGUGCAACAAGUCAAACCGACCAUUUUGAUUGGAGCUGCGGCAGUUGGCGGUGCGUUCACGCCAGAGAUUUUGAGAGAGAUGGCUAAGAAUUGUAAAAAACCCGUGAUUUUUGCAUUGAGUAAUCCGACUUCGAAGGCUGAAUGUACGGCUGAACAAGCGUAUGAAAAUACAGAUGGGACUUGUAUUUUUGCAAGUGGAAGUCCCUUUGAUCCUGUUACUUAUAAGGGACGCACUUAUUAUCCAGGACAAGGGAAUAAUUCGUAUAUUUUCCCGGGUGUUGGUUUGGCUGCGAUUUGUGUGGGAAUGCGUACGAUUGGAGAAGAUGUAUUUUUGAUUUCUGCUGAGACCCUCGCUAAUUUGGUAUCAGAGGCUGAUUUAGAGAAAGGAAGUCUCUACCCACCUCUGUCUACAAUUCAGGAAGUGUCUGUGAAAAUUGCAACACGUCUUGGAGAAUAUGCUUACAAGAAAGGUUUUGCAACGGUUUGCCCACAACCUGACGACAUGGAAGCUUUCAUAAGGGCACAAAUGUACAACACAGACUACAUCCCUGCAGUCCCUUGCACUUAUCCCUUCCCCUAAAUGUAAUUUAUUAGCGAAAUUAUUUAUAUGAUGCUUAAAACUGUUGCUGGUGGUAGGAAAUGAACUGUCGACCAGUUUAUUUUGUAAAUUUAUUUUUAAAAUAAAUGUAAAUUAUUUGUUUUUAUAA